UGUCAACGAUAGUAAACAAUGUAAUUCUUUUGGUAAUUCUUGCAUCUACAAGAGAUACCGAACAGUCAAUAAUCACAUCAGUAUAUUGAAGUUAUUCCAGAACUACUUGAUCGUCUGCGGAACAGCGCUCCAAGGUAUAUGUUACAUGUACAAUGCAGCUGAUAUCAACAUCAAACAUCCUUUUGGUGAAGAUAAGAAAAAUUAUCUUGGAAGUAAAAAUUCAUCCGUCAUGCUCGUCACAAAGGGUAAAGGUGGUGAUGAUAUAUUUUUCAUUGGCCAAAGCUUCGACGGCAGAAAAACAGACUUCUUUUCUAAGGAGUUUGCAACACUUGAUAUUUCAAAAUCUAAUGAGAAUUGGAAUUUUGAUCAUCAUGCCGUUCAGACUUUUCUCUCAGUAUGUGAUACUAAGCGGGAAAAAUUUAAAUUGAAGUUUUUACAUAUUUUUGAAACUACAAAUUCAACUUUUCAUGUUUUUAUUCGAUCAAUCAACGACUCUGGAACCAUUUCAUAUGAAACAAGAAUAUCAAAAUUAUGCAAGGAAAACCACGAUUACGGUUCUUAUGAAGAGAUGCCGAUUUCCUGUAAUACUCCGACGAAGUAUGACAUUGGAGUAGCAGCCCACUACGACGUCGGGCGACAAAACCUAUACAUGACGUUUGGUGUGAGAGCAUACAAUGUUGACAACAUUCAAGCCGACAGUACUCAAGGUUCAGUCAUUUGUGUUUUCCAAAUUGAUGAAAUUAAGAUGAAGUUUGAUCGUGAAGUGUUAUCAAAGUGUUUUGCAAAUACGCCAAAAUGGGGGACACCAUCAUGGCACUGCGAAUCUACCACAUGCUCGGCUGCUUCUAAUUAUGAGGACCACAAAACGGGUGAUUUAGUAUCAUCGUGUACCCAGCGGAAAAUGGAAUUUGGGAUCGAGGCUCGUGGUGAAGGUUUCAGUAAAACAGCCGUUUAUCGGAUCUCUAGUGAAAUUUUGACCUCUGUUCUGCCAUUAGGAAAUAGUUCUGCAGACAUUAUUCUUGCUGGAAGUAAUACUGGAUUUUUAAGAAAGAUAUUGGUAACUCAGAGUAAAGCGUACGUCAAAUUUGACGUAAGCGGUGACAGACAAAUUGCAGUUGCUGAUGAAAUGGUUCUUGAUACACACAGUAACCUCUACCUCUUGACAGGAAACAAGAUCACAAAAUUGUCUAUGACGUCAUGUGAAAUACAUCAGACGUGUGGAGAGUGUGUAACCAGUAAUGAUCCACUUGGAUGCGGAUGGUGUUUCAAUCGUUGCUCUACACGAACCAGGUGUCAAUACAAUAUGUGGCACACGCAAUCGUGUCCCCCAUUUGUUCUCGGUAUAAGCCCAGCGAACGGGCCACUUGAAGGAUCAACAAAAGUAACUAUUAGAGGAGAGAACUUUGGUUCGAACGAAAACACUGCUAAUGUAUCCAUUGGAAAUGAACCGUGUUUGAUCAAGAAAAUUAAUGAUACAAGAAUAACGUGUUUGACAAGUAGAGUAGGAUUACAUGUCUCUGCAGCUGUAAAAGUUAGAGUGACUAAUGCGACCUCCAAAUCGUAUAGAAUUAAUGGGAUAUCGGAACAAAGGGGCAUAUUAUUUGAAUAUACACAAUCUAGUGUCAAGAAUAUCUUCCCAAUAAAGGGACCGAUAUCAGGCAAUACAACGGUAACUAUCACGGGGGAUAAGUUUGAAAUUGGAUCUAACCUUACCGUGAAGGUUGGUAAGAUGAUGUGUGAUAUACAAACGUAAGUAUGAUUGCCUUUUUUUUAUAAUGAAUGAAUAAAGUCAGAAACAUUGCAACGGUUGUUUUAUGUAUCUAUGAACUCCCUCAGACAAAGUUGACCUUUGUUGAAUCUUGGCUGUUCUUUACUUACAGUUUAUAUAGCACCUAACGACUCUACGUAUUUAUACAUCCCUGGCUUUCAAAUGUUUAGGGUUGAGCGUUUCUGCUUAAGGUUUAUGCAGAAAAGGCGCAUCGGACACACAAAAAUUAAGUGUUAUUUCAUUCAACACCUUUUAGAUAUUCAUAGGACAUUAGUUUGUCGAUGGCAGCAUGUAUAUUAUUGAAUUGUGUCUCACAUAUUUUCUGUAACGAAUCAAACUUAUUGCUUUUGAUGUUAGGCUGUAAAAACUUCCAAAACAAAUCGUUUGGAGAUCUUGUCACUAAUAUUGAGCCAAAAAAAAAAAAAAAAAAAAAAAUAUGUUGCUGCUAGAUAUCUUAUUCAAAGAUGUUAAUGUAGGUAAAUAUCUAUCAGGGUAACGCCUUGGCUCAUAUAAUAUUUUGCAAACACGGUCACAAAUUUAACAAUCUUAUUACUUUACAAACAGAUUAUUUAUAUCUCAUGAUUACGUUUUAAUAUAAUGCUAAAACGGGAAAAAACGAUAAAAAUCCACCAUAUGGGUGUGUAUUGUUUCAAAUACGUUUAUUAAAAGUUAUAACUUUGUCAUGGAAAGCACGUGCCGUCUAUGGUU